AAGCCCGCUCGCGGUUUGUCGGGUUGUGCAUGAUCUUGCCAUCCCUCCUGCUCGGCUGUUUCUCCCCUGGUCGUUUCUUUGGCUGGCGAUCCGCCUUUGUCUCAUGCGAUGCUCACACCGACGUCUUAUGUGCGAUGGAGGCCCUUUCGCGGCCGGUACCCUGUCCUCUGCAUCCAACUGCAGCACUAUUCCAAACCCCACCACCUCAAGAAAAAUGUCUGGCGUCUCAAACAAGAUCGCUCGGACCUGCAAGCCAGCCGGGUGCUUCCGUCGGCCUUUGUUGAUCGGAUGCGAGCCAAGCUUGGCAAUGUCGAGGCCGAGCGGCUGUUCAAGAGCAUCAUGACGGAGCCUGCCGUACCCUCCAUCCGACUCAAUCCGUCAAAGCACCCGACGAUCCCGAUCUUCACAUCUAGCGACUUUGACUCUCCGAAGCUGCCGACAGAUCUAUCUGCCGAUGACGCUGCCGAUGUUGAUGUCAAUGCCGAUGACGCUGCCCCUCUCGAUGCCGAUGUCGAUCCUGAGGGACCCGAGUCCACCGGCUCCCGCAGCACUGAGGAGCUGGGAGAAGCUGUGCCCUGGUUUGCCCAGUACGGCCGUAUUCUGCCUCGGCGGCCGCUCUACCAGCUCAACCCGCUAUUGAAUGCCGGGGUGUUUUAUCCUCAAGAUGCCUCGUCGAUGCUAUUUCCGCAGAGCGUCCCGGUUCUGCAGACGAAGAGUGCUCGAUCGGACGACCCCCUCGUUGUCCUGGAUCUCUGUGCGGCUCCUGGAGGAAAGACCGGCGUGAUCGCCUCCCUCCUCGAUCGAUCCAACAGCGUCAUUGUCUCGAACGAGAUUGUCGGGCAACGCGCGGCAGUGCUCGAAGAGAUCCUGAGCAAGACGGAUUUGCCAGGCUCGGCUAUCACCCAAAACCGAAGCAGCGACUUCAUCGAAGCCGGUCUGGAGGAGACCUUUGACGUGGUGAUUGUGGAUGCUCCUUGCAGCGGCGAAGGGCUGUUUCGCCGCGAACUAUCGAGGUCUGUCGUCGGCGAAGCCAUCCAGAACUGGUCUCCAAAUUUGGUUCGGCAACUCUCACGGAUCCAAAAGACGCUCCUUGACGAUGCUGUGCGGCUGGUCCGGCCCGGAGGCACCCUUGUCUUCAUGACCUGCACCCUCGAGACGGAAGAAAACGAAGAUAACGUCAAGUGGAUCUGGAGCCGAUAUGGGUCCUACCUGGAGCCGAAUCCGAUCCCGAUGGCCUCGAACUGGGGUGUUGUCGCUGUCGAGGUUCCCGUGAGUCCCGGCGACUCAGCCUUCCAGCCGGAGGACACAAUCGACGACGACGAUGGCGAGAGCGACCACGAUCUAUGGCUGGACGACCCGAGCUCGAGCGAGCCAUUGCCAGCACACGACCUCGAGGAGCAACCGUCCCAACAGGAACAGGAACAGCACCCUCACCAUCCAGUGUACUACUGCCUGCCGCAUCGGGUCCGAGGCGAGGGGCUAUUCCUUGCCAGUUUUACCGUCAAAGCAAUCCCGCCCGAGAUCCGCGAGCAUCUGCCACGACCAACAAAGACCAAGAAAAAGUCCAGAUCCGCUCCCACCAAUGCUGGCACCAGGUCCUCCGCCACGGCCAACAGCAGCAGCAGCAGCAGUGGCGAUGACAAGCACCGAUCGUUGCGUCGCCCGACACGCAAAGAGUGGCAGCAGUGCAAGGACUACAUCCGCCUGGAUCGGCCGCAGGAUCCUCUAGGCGCCAAAUAUCUGCCGUUGAUAUCGACUUAUAUCAAGCCAGCGCGGGAAAAGUCUGGAAACGGAGAACAUGGUCGCGAGGGCGACGGCAGACAAUCUGCAGCGGGGAUGCCUCGGCGACUUGUCCAUCUCGUCCCGGCGUCCGUCGAGGCCACCCUGACUCGGAUUGCGUAUUCGGGGCUCCAGGUGCGCAAGCUUGGGGUGGUCGCUGGUGAGAUCCAAAACGACCGAUUCGUUCCAUCUGCAGAGCUGGCACUCUCGCCGUUCUUGCGCAAGGGGCAAGUUAUCCGGUCGCAAUCCAAGGCGUUUGCUGAAGAGCAACCAACAAACGAUCAAGUACUUGCCCGAUCGGAUUCAUCGCAUGGCUCAACGAUCCCAUCCGAAACCCUCCUGGGUGACACGGCCUCACCCUUUCCAACUUCACAAGAUUCCCGGGGAGUGUGGGCGAUUGAACUGGAUAGGCAGCAGAGCCUCUACUACCUGCAAAAGAAGCCGAUCCCGGGUAUUGACCAGAUCGUGGGGCAACACAACCUGCAGUCAUGGGGCGUCGUUUCGUAUGGCGGCUGCGGGCUCGGGUGGAUCCGGGUGAUCGACGACGGCAAGCGGAAACGGGUCAACCAGCACUACCCCACCGAAUGGAGAAUCCGCAAAAACCUGGGUGAUCUCGAAGACAUUCGUUAAGGAUUCACCUUGACUGUGUGGGCGAGUUGGGUGGGAAGGGA